AUGUCUGAGGAGGAAGCAUUGAGUCCCUUGGGCUCUCCAGGGCCUGGGACAUGCAUAGAGGACGUCCCCUCACUUAAGGAGCUGGAGCAGCUCCUGAACACUGGGCGGCCUUCUUGUAACCACGUUGAUGAAGUGUGGCCUAAUCUCUUCUUGGGAGACCUAGUAACAGCUCACAACAGAUUUGUUUUGUGGAAGAUGGGUGUUACCCACGUUUUGAAUGCUGCCCACGGCACAGUGUACAGCCACGGAGGCCAGGACUUCUAUGGAGCUACCAUUGAUUAUUAUGGUGUGCCAGCACAUGACCUCCCCAGCUUUGACAUAAGCCAGUUCUUUUUCUCGGCGGCAGAAUUUAUCCACAAAGCCCUGAACACACCAGGAGCUAAAAUUUUGGUACAUUGCGCAGUUGGAGUAAGCAGGUCAGCAUCUCUAGUCCUAGCAUAUCUCAUGAUAAAUCACCACCUGCCAUUGAUUGAAGCCAUCAAAACAGUGAAGGAGCAUCGAUGGAUUUCACCCAAUCGUGGCUUUCUGAAACACCUGCGAAAUUUGGACAUUCAGCUACGGCAGAAGAAGGGCUGCUGA